CGCUUCUCCUCGCGGCUCGCACUUUUCAGACACCAAUUAGCUGGCCGGACCUAUGCGAAUGCUAUAUUAUCGCAGCCUUGCGUGCAAGUUCUUAGAGUUUUCAACGCGGAUUGGCCAACGCCCUUCCUUCCUUGCCCUCAGCGUCCACCAACUCGCCAGGUGGCGGCCAGGGUCGGGAGAGGGAGAGAGAAGGAGAUAAGAGCGAAGAUGGCGAAUUGGGAACUCAAGCACUGCUGCGAUCACGAUCAGGUCGUCUUCAUCGCAACCGUCGGCGUCUUCACCGUCGUCAUCCUCGCCUUGUGGAGGACGAUCUUGCUGACCCCUUUCAAGCUUAUCACCGUAUUUCUCCACGAGACCAGCCAUGCUCUUGCGUGCAAACUGACAUGCGGACAGGUGGAGGGUAUGCAGGUUCAUGCCAAUGAGGGUGGGGUCACACAAACCCGUGGUGGCAUCUACUGGAUAAUUUUGCCUGCUGGGUACCUAGGGUCAUCAUUUUGGGGAAUGGUUUUCAUACUUGCAUCUACAAACCUUCUCACUACAAGAAUUGCAGCUGGUUGCUUUAUAGUUGCGCUUCUCGUUGUCCUCUUUGUCGCUGAAAAUUGGACUCUUCGAGGACUGUGCAUAGGCUUCAUCAUAUUACUUGCCAUUGUUUGGGUUUUACAAGAAACUACAAAGGUCCGCAUUCUUCGCUAUGUCAUUUUGUUCAUAGGUGUAAUGAACAGCUUAUUUUCAGUUUAUGAUAUCUAUGAUGAUUUGAUAUCCCGAAGAGUCCACUCAAGUGAUGCUGAGAAAUUUGCUGAGAUUUGCCCUUGCCCAUGUAAUGGUGUUGCAUGGGGGGUUAUUUGGGGUCUGAUAUCAUUUGCGUUUCUCUGCGGAUCCAUUUACCUUGGUCUUGUUAUUUUAUCCUGAGGCUUCAAUUUUGCAUGGAUUCUUGCCUCUCUUGAUAGGAUGGAGUGCACAAUUUUUCAAGAGGUUCCUGUUCUGAUCCAUUCUUGAUUGGAUCGGGCUUACAAUUGUUCCUCCUGGGUCCAUUAUGGAGUGAUGAAUGGCCAUAGCUGAUACAUGUUUUUGUUCAUUAUUCUUUUAUGAUGCUACUGGCUCUCAUCUGACCUUCCAACAAUCAUGGGUCUCGAACACAUAGCUGAUCAUUCUUUGCUAUUGAAGAAGUUUUGUGUUUCUGAUUUGUUAGAGGUUUUUAAUCAAGUGUUCCUGCAACGAAUUAAUUUAUUUCCAAGUCAGAAUGCUCCAUCGCUGUGGAUACCAAUAUUAAGCAAAUGAUAUGCCUGGAAAAUGGAAAAUCAUGUCUUUUAUAGCUAUUUGCAGCAUUUGUUUGUAGCGGAAUCUAAUUCAUUCGACAAUGGAUAUCCAAAGAUCAUGCUAUUAGUGAUGAUGGCUAACUGUCGAAUCAUACCAUCUUGAUGGUGGAUUGGAGCAUUUACCCUGAUGAGCAGCUCGCACCCCCUCAUCUCGGUUGCACCAAUACUUACAUCCUUGAUACAGUUAACAUCUGCUAUUCAGAUGCUUUAUCUGGCCAAGGGAUCCUCCCAUGCCUGCUAUUUUUUCUGUUUUUGCUCUACCAGAAUUCUCACAUUAAAGUGCCCUCUGCUUGAAAUUUGAUAUGAAUUAUUCUCUCAACACCAGUUCAAUGGCAGCAAAAAAACUGCAUCACUACUCAUUUCAUGGAUUGUGGAACACUUCACUGUGGCCGACAUCGUUGAGCUCUAUUUGCAUGUAUCUUGGCAUCAGAGUGAUGAAUGGAAGAGCAUGCUCAUCUCAACCAUGCAUUCCCCUAUUCAUGUAAAGGUCCCUGCUACAUGGCUACAAGCAAAGUUGUGUGAGGGACAUGAAGAUGUCCCAUGGUGGCCGGAGGAUUACUACUUAUUCUUGUAAGGCUCGUCUCAAAGGCUGCUGUCCCUUUCCCUGUUACACUUGAUUGAUUUGAGGUGGGACCAUGAAAGGCUUCAUUUGCAUACCUGACAUCUCUUCAUGUCAUUCCGAGAAAAAAGGGACAGUGGAUCCCACGCCUUUGCAUGCACCAUUGGCCAUAAGCUACAGUGUAUACAAGAAUUGAUCAUGACGAGAUGUAGCCAGGAGAGGGUUUUAAUACUUGGAUUUCUCCCUGAUGAGCAUAAUAGAGGAUCUUUGCCGAGGAUCAUUAGAAGUUUAAAUUUGAUACGGAGGAAGUCGUGCUAGCUUUCUGUGGAGGCUGAAGAUGAGGAGAGUAAGUGUAUGUGGGGAUGAACAUCCUUUUUUUUUAUUUUUUUUAUUUUUUUUUAUGAGCCGUUGUUUGACACGAAGCGAGCAUGAGUGUACCCCGAGUAAUCCAAAAUAAGUAUCUGCCAUAGCGCAGGCGGGACCACCUCAAUACCAUCCCAGAGGAAGCCUUCCGAGUGGUGCGUAGUGUAGGAUACAACCUGAAAAAUGCGCGUGGCUCUGAAGGCAGCAAGCUCCCUCUAUCCCAUAUAUAUUCUGAUGCAACAGGUGUAAAUUUUCAGUGUUGUGCUUUUUCUAUAUCGAGUCAAUCACUAUGGCCAAGACGUCCUCUAAGUGAAUGUAGUAUGCUUCCACCGCAUGCCUAGCAAAGGUGAGGCCCUCCUAUACUACUCUGAGCUGUACUCUGAGGACUGACUCUAUGAACAUAAGUUUUUGAA